CGGUUGUUCGCUUGUCAUAUUUUUUUGUUGUGCCUGUUCUGCAUCCCUUGCGUACCCUCCGGAUUAAAAUUUUUAGGAAAAAGGGAAUUUUCUAGACAGGAAAAAAUACAGUUCCUUCGGAAAUGGUGCCAUAAACAGUUCGCAGUUUGAAGCUACUUUGAACGGUAAGAAUAAGAAGUUGCAUCAUUCAACGCACAACCACGGAAGCCCUCAAGAGAGGACCGAAUCAUGAGUGCAAGUUCAGGUGCUGGGGCCACUACCAGCGGGGGGCCAUCGAAUAAUGCAUCAGCGCUGGAGAUUGAGACGGUCACGAUUAUCAGCGAUGAUUCCGACAUCGAGAUGACUGAAUUUACUCCGAAGGGAAAUAGAAGAACUGGGCCUGGAUCCAACCAGACAGAGGGUAAAGAUGGGGAGGAAGGUCGGCGAAUCAGUCGACGGAAAAAACCCAAAGUGGAAUAUUCCGACACGAAACCGACAAAUUCAAUGGAUGCUUCAAACAGUGAGAAGAAGCCUGAAGCGAAAAUUGAACCGAAAGUUAAAAAACGAGAAACGGAGGCAACGGCCAAGGACGAAAAAGGUGAGGUUGAUCCCAAUCCCCAUCGUGAAAUUAUGGCGGGUCUUGAGGGAGCAGCAUUCCAGUCCCGUUUACCUUUUGAAAAGAUGACUGCCUCAGAAGCGGUUUGCUUCCCUGAAAUUACCAAACAUGGCCUUGUAGCUCAACGGGUGUUCCUGAACGUACGCAAUCGUAUACUGCAAAUGUGGAUUGAGAAUCCUACCUUGCAGUUGACUGUCGAAAAUGCACUGAAAAAUAUUGAACAGCCUUUCGAUAGCGAUCCGAAUUUGGUGCGAAAGGUGCACGCAUUUUUAGAAAGGCAUGGGUUCAUAAAUUUCGGGAUAUUUAAGCGCUUGAAACCGAUACCGACUAAAAAGCUGGCAAAAAUUAUUGUCAUUGGUGCAGGAAUAUCUGGCCUAUCGGCUGCACAACAACUUCAGCAAUUUGGAUUCGAUGUAAUUGUUCUCGAGGCAAGGGACAGAGUAGGAGGAAGAAUUGCCACAUUUCGUAAGAAUUCCUAUACUGCGGACUUGGGAGCAAUGGUGGUCACUGGUAUUUGGGGCAAUCCAAUCACAAUCUUAAGUCAGCAAACAGGGAUGGAGAUGUGUCCUAUCAAAACAGCAUGCCCGUUGUAUGGAUCUGGAGGGAAACCUGUACCUAAACACAAGGACGAUAUGGUGGAACGGGAGUUCAAUCGGCUACUAGAAGCCACGAGCUACCUCUCGCAUCAACUUGAUUUCAAUUACGCUGGGAAUCAUCCCGUUUCAUUAGGACAAGCCCUCGAAUGGAUCAUCAAGCUUCAGGAAAAGCAUGUUAAAGAAAAGCAAGUUCAACAUUUGAAUAACAUAAUCUUGUGGCAGCAGAAAUUGAUUGAAAACCAAAACUCCAUCAAAGAAACGAUGGAUCGAAUUAAAAGCCUUCGCACAAAACAUAAAGAACUCAUUGAAACGAAACCAGCUAAACCGAAUGAAAUUGAUAGCAAAUACAUAGAGCAUGAAUUCAGUAUUCGCUUGACGGCACGGGAGGAACAACUCGCUUGGAAGGAAAUCGAACUGCUUCGCUCUAGUCAGGAAAAGAUCGAAACCAAACUGAAGGAGCUCGAGAACGAUCAAGUCAGCGAGGUUUAUCUUUCCUCCAAGGAUCGUCAAAUCCUAGAUUGGCACUUUGCCAACCUAGAGUUUGCCAAUGCUACUCCGUUGAGUAAUCUCUCGCUGAAACAUUGGGACCAAGAUGAUGAUUUUGAAUUCAUCGGCAAUCAUACCACCGUAAAGAAUGGUUACUCUUGCGUUCCAAUCGCACUAACCGAAGGACUGGAUGUCCGAGUCAAUACGGCGGUAAAACGUAUCAAGUAUUUCCCUGGAGGAGUCGAAGUGACGGCAGAUCUCAAAUCGAACAACUCUUCAGUCUCUUACAAGGCUGACCUCGUACUGUGCACGUUAACGCUGGGCGUUCUCAAAGUGGCAAUCUCAGAGCAAUCCUCACAAUUGAACACCGUCCGGUUCGAUCCACCACUACCAGAGUGGAAACAAUCAGCAAUUCAACGGUUGGGCUUUGGAAAUCUCAACAAAGUAGUGCUUUGUUUCGAUAGGAUCUUCUGGGAUCCCAAUACCAAUUUGUUCGGGCACGUUGGAAGUACCACCGCUAGCCGAGGUGAGUUGUUCCUGUUUUGGAAUAUCUCGCAGUCGCCUGUUUUGUUGGCACUUGUCGCCGGUCAAUCAGCAGCCAUCAUGGAGAACGUCUCCGACGACGUCAUCGUUGGUCGGUGCAUUGCUGUGCUAAAAGGUAUAUUCGGCAAUUCGUCCGUUCCACAACCCAAGGAAACCGUCGUCACCCGUUGGCGAGCGGAUCCUUGGGCCCGUGGAUCAUACAGUUUUGUUUCGGUUGGUUCGUCAGGAAGCGAUUAUGAUCUUCUGGCGGCACCCGUAACGCCACGGUUUAGUGGAUGCGACGUUGGAGGCCUGGGCGGUAUCAAUGGAGGAUCGCAUUCUGGUACAAAUGGGAAUGAUGAUGACGAUGGUAGCAAAACGGACAUUCCACGGUUGUUCUUCGCUGGUGAGCACACCAUACGCAACUAUCCUGCCACUGUUCAUGGAGCAUUGCUAAGUGGUCUGCGAGAAGCUGGUCGGAUAGCGGAUUACUAUUUAGGUUUCCCAAACACUUACCCUGAUGCACCGAAGGAAGAACCGAAAAAAUAGAGAUAUGUAAUACCUUUUAGCUUCAUUCAGUAUGUAAGA